CAUUUCUCCGCCGCCCUCGUCCCCGCUCCUCCGUCUUUCUCCGGCCCAUCCUUCCCCUCACUUUCAGAUCACCGCCGGCUUCAUAAUUUGGCAAGAAUCCAUGGGGAAACAUUCGUGAACAAGUCAGCCAAAUCGAUGUUAACCCCCUAAAUUUCACAGUUUUUAUAAAUUCAGAAAUGCCGGAAACGUGUUUCCUGGCUGCAGAAUUUUCUUGUUGAGAAUUAUAGUUUGAAUUGUGAAUCAUUAUUAAUAAUGAGGUCAUCAUCGAUUUGGCCGGAGAAUUCCAUCGCCGCUCCCCCAUCGACGUCCAGUUCCCAGUCGAUCCUUCCUCCUGCGGGACCCACUCCCCACACGAAUUCUGAGCGAAGUAAUGUAUUUCAACUGUUAGCUUUGAGGGAGGUGUCUCCACGUACAAAGCGAUCCCCCAGAUGCUUCUGGGGAGACACUUCAAGAUGUCAGCUUGAAUCCUCUGGAUUAAAACGUGAAGCAGGGAAAGAUGCAAGACAAGAACUUCUUUCAUGGGUAGAGGCACAGUCAUUGCUACAUUUAUCAGCCAAGUAUUGUUCACUGUUACCUCCACCCAGGUCAACCAUAGCAGCAGCUUUUAGUCCUGAUGGGAAAACACUUGCUUCUACUCAUGGAGAUCAUACUGUAAAAAUAAUCGACUGCCAAACUGGGAAAUGCUUAAAGGUGUUGAGUGGUCAUCGGAGGACACCUUGGGUGGUUAGGUUCCAUCCACUUCAUCCUGAAAUUCUUGCAAGUGGAAGUUUAGACCAUGAAGUUCGGUUGUGGGAUGCAAACACUGCUGAGUGUAUAGGAUCUCGCGACUUCUACCGCCCUAUAGCUUCUAUUGCCUUCCACGCGGAAGGAGAAAUUUUGGCUGUGGCUUCAGGCCACAAGCUAUUCAUAUGGCACUACAACAGGAGAGGGGAGGCUUCUUCACCAACAAUUAUACUUAAGACUCGCCGUUCACUCAGGGCUGUGCACUUCCAUCCACAUGCUGCGCCAUUUCUUCUAACUGCUGAGGUCAAUGAUCUCGACUCAUCGGACCCCUCAAUGAUGCUUGCAACUUCUCCUGGCUACUUGCACUACCCUCCUCCUACGAUAUAUUUGGCAGAUGCUCACACAGCUCAUCGAUCUAAUUCAGGAAAUGAGCUGCCCACUAUGUCUAUACCAUUUUUGAUUUGGCCUCCAAUUGGCCGAGUUGAUGCGAGGUUACCUUCUCAGCAUAUUGGUGCGGUCAUGAGCUCUGGUGCUUCACAACAGAGUGUCGAUUCUUCUUCCUCCAUGCGGCUUCUCACGUAUUCAACUCCAUCUGGACAGUAUGAACUAGUAUUGUCUCCGAUUGAAUCUAGUAGCUCUCCUCUGCGAGAAGGAUCACAAACUAAUUCUUUAACGACGGAAAUGGAAAUUGCUGUUUCUCAGCCCGCAGUGGAUGCAAUGGAUACAGAUGUUCACCCUUAUGAGAUAAACAAUCAACUUUUUCCAUUUGGUGACCCAGCUUAUUGGGAACUCCCAUUCUUGCAAGGGUGGUUAAUUGGUCAAAGACAAGCUGGUCAAUGGUCAAUGCAUUCACGAAAUGGAGGUGCUACUGAUGCUAUUUCUUCUUAUGGAGAAACAGGGAGUCAAACUUCAAUGGUUCCACCGGCAAUUGUAAAUAGUGUUGGUAGUUCAAGGGUUGGCGGAAGAUCUGGUUCACGUCACCGUCCUUCGCGCACCCGCACAAUACCAGCAAGUGGAUCUGGUGAUGCUGCUGCUUUUAACAGUUUCCCUCAGGAGCAGAGCAGUUCACAACCUUUCAUGAGCCAAGUCCAGUCCGAGGUAGCCACGUCACUAGCUGCAGCUGCAGCUGCUGAGUUACCUUGUACUGUGAAACUUAGAAUAUGGUCUCAUACUAUGGAAAAUCCUAGCGCACAUCUUGAAACAGAAAAGUGCCGUUUAACUAUUCCUCAUGCUGUACUUUGUAGCGAAAUGGGUGCCCACUUUUCACCAUGUGGAAGAUUCUUAGCAGUAUGUGUUGCAUGUAUCCAGCCAAACGCGGAAGCUGAUUCAGGAUUUGAAGGCCAGGUUCAGCAUGAUGUUAGAGGGGCUUCAACAUCUCCAACAAGACAUCCCAUUUCAGCCCAUCAAGUUAUGUAUGAGCUAAGAGUAUAUUCACUUGAGGAGGCAACAUUUGGUUCAGUUCUAGCCUCACGGGCUAUCAGAGCUGCUCAUUGUUUGACUUCAAUACAGUUCUCUCCUACCUCAGAGCAUUUGUUACUUGCCUAUGGGCGGCGCCAUAUAUCACUUCUUAAAAGUGUGGUGAUUGAUGGAGAUACAACGGUUCCCAUAUACACAAUUCUGGAGAUCUACAAAGUUUCUAAUAUGGAACUUGUACGAGUUCUACCCAGCGCGGAGGACGAGGUCAAUGUAGCUAGUUUCCAUCCUUUAGUUGGUGGUGGCCUUGUAUAUGGAACAAAAGAAGGAAAGCUGAGAAUUCUUCAGCACGAUGAUUCUCACAGCUUGAAUCACGAUAGAUCCAUUUUUCCUAAUGAGAACAUGUAUGAGGUACCUUCAUAUGCAUUAGAAGGCUGAUUACUGCUGAUCAAGGGCAACUAUGAAGUGUGUCACCACUUUUCUAUGGAUAUGGUGUUGCAUAACAUUUAAGAGAAUGUUUCGAUGAAGUUGAAUUUAUGAACCAUAAAGUGUCCAAUGCUAGAGAAAAGGCUCCUGCAUGUGGAAAGUUAUGCAUCAAACUGUUUAUGUAUAUUAUGUAUCUCUCUGUGGGUUUUGUACAGAUAUCUACUCUGCUAUUUUUCUGUGCUAACUUUGUAGAGGGGUUUCAGGUGGAUCAAAUUUCUUGUGUUUCUGACUAACCGUCGAAUUGAUAAUCGAGCGAAAUGCUGCAAUUCAAGCCCUUUUUAUUUGUUAUGAUUAGAAGAACUAAUGUUUCUGGCCUACUCUUUUCAUCUAUGGCCUUGUUGUAAAUGCACAUACUGGGUUUCUUCAGGUAGGAAAUGAGAAGCGUGUUACGUUUUGAGUUUUA